CCAGUCGGUGGUCAAUACUGUGGAAGGAGGCGAAUGAAGUGACAGGUCAACUUGUCAUGAGGGAAUAGACUAUUCAGUACCGGGAGGAGGAUAUAUUAGUCCAAGAUGGCUGACCCUUGGGUGGUGACGCCCGGUGAACGAACCAAACAUGAAGAACAGUUUAACACUAUUCGACCCACAAAUGGGUUCAUUAGUGGUGACCAGGCAAAAGGAUUCUUUCUUCAGUCACGAUUACCACCACCUGUUUUGGGAAUCAUUUGGGCUCUCUCAGAUGUUAAUGGUGAUGGGAAGAUGGAUCUCCAUGAGUUUAGCAUUGCAUGCAAGUUGAUAAAUUUGAAGUUGAGGGGUUUCAACCUUCCACAGACUUUACCUGCAUCUUUAAAACAGAGUGCGUGUGGAGGUACUGCAACAACUGUUCCAGGUGUAGGAGCAUCCACACCACAGUCAACUGCAGCUGCAGGCACUCCCACAGGAUCUGGGAUAUCUGCCGCAGGUCUUAUUUCAUCUGGAACAGGAGCAGGUGGUACUGAACCCCUGUCAUUAGGAUGUGGUCCUUCUGUUACUCCAGCUAUUGCUCCUGGUCCAGUUGUGUCACCUGUGGUUAUUCCUGGUUCUGCACUUCCUCCAGCUGCUCCUCUCUCAGCUGCUUCUAACACUGUUGCCCCACCACUAGCCUCUGUUGCAGCCUCAGGUGGUCCUGUGCCUCUUACAUCUAUGUGUAGUAUGCCACAGACUUCUAUACCAGGUGCCAUUCCAACAUCCAUCAUGCCUGGUUUUGGAUCAUCAGGUGCCAUGAUUAAUGUCCCAGGGACCAUGCCUGUGUCUGUAACAGGGAUAGGGAUGGUGCCAAUAGUGUCAUCUGUGCCCUCUGCUCCUCCUUCAGUCGCAGCUUUGGGUGGUCAUUAUCCUCUUACUUCUGCGUUUAGUAGGCCACAGACUUCUAUGCCUGGUGUCAUACCAACAUCUGUCAUGCCUGGGUUAGGGUCUUCAGGUAUGAUAAGUAAUGUACCAGGAACCAUGCCUGUCUGUGCCACAGGACCAAUGAUGGUUCCUUUAAUGUCAUCCUUACCCUCUGCUACUAGAGCUGUCCCAUUACCAGGACUGACAGGUCAUGGAGUUCAGGCACCUAUGGGUGGCAUGCCAGUUGCUGCACCUAUGGUCUCAGCUCCAGCAGCUACAGCAGCUCCAAUGAUCCCUACUGCAAUGGUUAGGCCCCCUGUUGCCCCAGUGGCCCAGCCUGCUGUGCCUGCAGCUCCAGUGGCCCAGCCUAUACCUUUGGUUCCUGUAGGUCAGCCGUCAAUGCCGAUGGUCCCAGCUGUUCCUGCUUCAGUGCCCAUGGGCAUAGCUCCUAUAGUGCCAGCUCAGCCUCAGAUAGGAGGAGUAGGACAAAUUCCAAAUGUUCCUGUUGCAUCUGCUGCUCCACCAGUUGUCCCAGGAGCUCCUACUGCUUCAACAAUGCAACGCACAGGCAGCCAAGAGUCUGGAGGAUCACAGACACCUGUUGAGUGGGCAAUACCCCAAGCAAGCAAGCUUAAAUUUACACAGGUCUUUAACAUGUCUGAUAGAGCAAAAACUGGCUUUUUAUCGGGCGCACAAGCUCGGAACAUUUUAAUCCAGUCUCAGUUGCCUCAGCAGUCAUUGGCACAGAUAUGGGUGCUCUCAGAUGUAGAUAAUGAUGGUCGCUUGUCUUGCGAGGAAUUUGUGCUUGCCAUGUAUAUGUGUGAAUCUGCUAAGGCUGGUAAUAAAAUUCCAACUGUAUUGCCACCAGAAUUGAUACCACCUACCCAUCGACGACAGCGUACUGCUAGUGUUCAGUCAGGGGGCUCUGGAGGAACCCCUGUUUCAGAUGUCAUUGGUGGUGCUGGUGUUCUUGACAAUUCCUUUGAAGACAGAAGAAGGGAGAACUUUGAGAAAGGUCAGGCAGAACUAGAGAGGCGACGGAAAGCUUUGCUUGAUGCACAAAGACGCGAGACAGAAGAAAGAUUACGAAGAGAACGUGAAGAAGAAGCGAAACGUGAAAAGGCCAGGCUUGAGGCUGAACGUCGAAGACAAGAAGAGCUUGAGAGAGAAAUGCAACGCCAGCAGGAGGUUGAAGCACAAAAGGAACAAGAAAGAAAGAGACAAGAAGAAAUGAGAGAGCAAGCACGAAAGGAUGCCGAAGUACAAAGACAGCAGGAAUGGGAGAAACAACGACUGCAAGAGCUUAUGAAUGUUAGGCAACGCCAACAAGAAAAUCUUUUAUCUCUUAAAGCUAAGAAUCAAAGCUUAACUAUCGAAUUAUCCACUAAAGAAGAUCGUGUGAAAGAGUUAACUCAGAAAAUUAGUGAAACAAGGCAGGGUGUGACUGAGGUCAAAGCAACAAUCGAUACGAUGAGGUCUACGAGGGAUACGUAUAUGUCGGAAAUGAAUCAGUUGAAGGCAUCUGCUCGAGAUCAGAAUCAAAGAUUACUGGCACUUAAUCAAGAGAAGGCUCGUCUUAAAGCUCGUAAUGCUGCAGCUGCUGGAGCCAGUGGUGCAGAGCAAGCAGCUGUAGAUGCCUCUCUUACAAAUAAGCAGAUGGUUAUUAAACAGUUGCAAGAGAAAGUUGAAGAAUUAGAAAAGGAGCUGGCCUCUAAAGAAGAAGACGUUAAUAAUAACAUCACAGACCUAAACCAAAUGAAGGAUGAUAUGAGGUUGACAGCUGAAAGAUGUGUGGAGAUCUACACUGAGUAUUCGACGAAACGAGAAGAGGUUUUAAGACUACGAGAGAAGCUUGUGAAUCCGGAUGCUGCAUGGGGAGAUACAGCGAGCUCAGCAUGGGCAGGUAAAGGAAUUGGCAGUGGUGGGGCUAGUGACUGGAAUAGUGCAUGGCCCCACAGUGAGCCCAAAGAUGCAUGGCCAAGUAGCAGAGGUGAAGGUAACGACCUUCCCACCAGUAGUCCGCAGCCUGCACAGGAUCAACUGAAAACAUCCGAAAAGCAUCUACCUCCAGCACGACCCCCGCCCCCUUCCGCUAGUACUACCACCACCAUGCCCUCUAUGGCCAACAAUGGCAUUGUAAAUGAGGAGGAGGCAUGUCCCCCAGCCCAUUAUAAUUCCCAAAACUCUGGGGAUGAUGGUGUCUGGGAAUCUAAUACAACCAUCACUACUAACAAUACCAGUAGUGAUGUGGGCCGGGGGAUCCACACUACCACAACCCCCUCCUCCAUCACCACCACAACUACCAUUGCCCCCUGGGGGGCAUUCUCUACUACUACUACUACCAUCACCCCAACCACUACUACCACCACUACCAUCACUUCCUCUACACAUCCAGAGGAACCAGCUGAAGGUGAAGGUGUUACAAAUGCUGCAGAUGGUGCCAUCCGGUAUCGAGCUCUCUACCAGUUUGAUGCUCGUAAUGCGGAUGAAAUUUCGUUUAUGCCAGGAGAUGUCAUAACGGUAACUGUAAGUGAUGGCACUGAGCCUGGUUGGCUCGGAGGAGAGCUUCGUGGCCAAACUGGUUGGUUCCCUAAAGAUUACUGUGAACUCAUUGAUGACAAAACUAUUAUUGAUGCUGGAGCAACUGAAGCUGUGGUCCGUACACAACUUGAGAAUAUUCCUGAGGAAGGUGUUACAGCACAAACAGCAUCACAUAAAGUUUUAGGUGAAGCUGUUGGUAUUUUCCCUUGGCGAGCUAAACAAAACAAUCAUCUGUCCUUCAACAAGGGGGACAGGAUCACCGUAAGAGAGCAACAGGAUCAAUGGUGGUACGGUCAGCUCAAUAACAUGGGUGGAUGGUUCCCCAGGUCUUUUGUGAAAAUGGUAUCAGGACCAACUGCAACCACAUCUCCAGUCACUACCCCUCAGGAAGCUCCAGAAGAGCCACCUAUGCCUGACAACCUCAUCCAUGAUGAAGUUUCAGAAUUCUACCAAGCAUUAUACCCAUAUUUGUCUGGUGAACCAGGUGACUUGACAUUUAAUGCUGGAGAUGUUAUUUUAGUUGUUAAAAAGGAAGGAGAUUGGUGGACUGGCAUUAUCAAUCAAAAUGUUGGCAUUUUUCCAUCAAACUAUGUAGAGAUAAUGCAAGAUCAGUUUAGUACUACUAGUACUGAAGGCACUGUUGCGGAACAAGGCGUGGCGUCAGCUGAGGAGGAGAAUGUGGCUGUUGAGACAAAGGAGUCAGUUACUGAACAAGAGCAAGUUGUUGCUUCUGAAGCUAAUGAAGAGCAGACAAACAAAAGCACAGACCCUGGAACUGUCCAGACUCCUGAUUCUGCUACUUUAAAAGUCAAUCAGGACGACGAACUUGAGAACAAGGAGGUUAUGGAACUUGCAAAAUCACCUAGAUCCCCAAAGAGUGGAAAAGGCAAGAAACCUGAAAUUGCUACUGUGAUUGCUCCAUAUGAUGCCACAAGCAGCAACCAGCUUAGUUUACAGCGAGGACAACUAGUUAUGAUUAGAAAGAAAACUGCUUCUGGCUGGUGGGAAGGAGAACUGCAGGCCAAGGGCAAAAAACGUCAAAUUGGAUGGUUCCCAGCAACUUAUGUCAAAGUUCUGGGAGGAUCAUCCCGAUCUACUCCAGUUUCCAUGGAACUGACAAACAGAGAAGAUGCCCCUCCAGAUGAUGUGGUAACACCUACAAAUGCAAACCCAAUUACACAAGUCACCAUUACUCCUCCAACUGAUGCACCCAUGACAGGGCCAAAUGAUGCUUCAAAUGGUUUUGCUGAGCAAGUAGAAGCUCUGUAUCCAUACACAGCUAUGAAUGAGGAUGAGCUGACAUUUGAAGCUGGUGCCAUCAUCUCUGUUAUUGACAAAGAAGAUGCAGCAUGGUGGAAAGGGACUAUAAAUGGAAUUAUUGGUGUAUUUCCUUCCAAUUAUGUGCAGCCAUUUACUGGAGUCUCCACUGUGGGUGCAGUCACCUCUCCUGAUAUUGAAGACUCUCUCUGCUAUAGGAAAAAACCAGUUACCGUUUCUCCUGGUCGUGGAGCUCGAGAAAGUUGGAAGAUUUCAGAGUCUUCUCCUAUUGAGCAGAGCCGUCAGAAUGUAAUUCAAGAAUUUAUUAACACGGAGGCUACGUACCUCAGUGAGUUGCUGCUUGUAGAAGAGGCUUUUAUCAAACCCUUUCGAGCUUCAAGUAUUGUUACAGAGAAGGAAAUUGAUCUUAUAUUUGUUAACUGGAAUGAACUCAUUCAAGCUAACUCUUAUUUUAAUAAAGCAUUAAAAGUCCGUUGCAAAAAUAGCAGUGGUGGCGUUAUAAAAAUGAUUGGUGAUGUUAUAUGUCAGCAAAUCAAUCAGCUGAAACCUUAUUUGAGGUUCUGUAGCAUACAAAUUUGUGGUGCAACUUUACUUGGAGAAAAAGCAUCUGCUGAGGGAGAGUGGGCUGACAUUUUAAAGCAGUGCCAAGAUCAUCCUGCUGUUAGAGGGAUGACUCUCACAUCCUUUCUUUUAAAGCCCAUGCAGAGAAUAACAAGAUAUCCUCUAUUAGUAAAGCAGCUUUUGAAAUAUACUCCUGAGGGACACCCUGAUUAUCAUAAUACUGAAGAAGCAUUUAAUGCAGCAACAACCCUAUGUGCUCAAGUAAAUGAAGCUGUUAGUCAACGGGAAAAUACUGAUAAGUUAGAGUGGAUGCAGAGACAAGUUAUAUGUGAAGGGUUAAGUGAGCGUUUAGUGUUCAACUCAUUAACAAAUACUUUAGGACCUAGAAAACUUCUUCAUACGGGUGUAUUACAUAAGGCUAAAAGUAAAAGAGAACUUGUAGCUUUUUUGUUAAGUGAUUUCCUAUUACUAACAAAGCCAAGCAAGUCGGUAGCAUCGUGUUCAACAUUAGCUUCAUUAGAAAGAGCGCUUGCAUCGCUUAACUGUACCAUGUACAGAAAGCCAAUGUUUUUAACAGAUUUAAAAGUGGAAACUGACAAAGAUUCUGAACUAUGUUAUACCCUCAUAAGUUCCACGUGUGGUGAAAUUGUUGUGUCAGCUCCCACUGCUAACGAACGGAAUAAUUGGUUGAAAAAGAUAGCCAUAGCACAAAAACAUAUUCAAGAUACUGAAAGAUCUCUUCUCCAGAGAAAGCAGUCAAAAGAAAAAGACUUAAGCAUAGUGGGUCGUGUUUUGGUGACAGUCAUGGCAGGAGUCACCUUAUACGAAAAACUUAAUGAGGUUCGAGACAGAAGACCCAAAGGCAUCCUUCACAUGCAUAUACUGAAUGGAACAGACUUUAAUUGUUGGGGAAAAGGUACCUUACAGUCAUUCUGUGAGGUAAGCUUAGGAUCACAAGUUCACCGUACCAGCACUGCCACAUCUCCUCAUCCAAAAUGGGAUUCUACAAUGCAGUUCCUGGUCAAAUCACUUACCGAGGAUGUUCUUUGUAUUACAGUAUAUGAAAAGGGAUACUUCAAACCAGAUGAGUUUCUCGGCCGAACUGAAAUAAAAAUAUACAAAGUAUACCAAGAAACAGAAGGUCAGCCUGGAACACAACCUCAGCUGUAUAAGCUUAAACUGGAAGAAGUCAAAUCAGGAGAAGUUAUACUUAAAAUAUCUCUUCAACUUUUUGACAAAUCAAUGUAAUUUUCCCUGGUGACGUGAGCAUGUCCACAAAAUAGUACUACUUUUAAUAAAGUGCAAAUUAUAUUUUAAAAAUACCAAAUGUCGAGUGCAAUUCACUGGUGAUAAAAUUUAUUCUGUAUAUUUGAAAAUUUAAGCAAGAACAAAUUUUAUUCUGUUACAUUUUUCUAAAAAUCCUCUACUUACAGUGCAGAUUAUUAAAUGUCAAUGCCUACAUUUA